GAGUGAGUGUUGAUCUGCAGUGGGAGGCAGAGGGGGAGCAGCGCGGGGAACGGAUCCGCACUCCGGGAGCCAGCGGGGGGCCCACAAGCAGCCUCCGCCAUUUAUUGUCUUCAACUCCGAGUCCAGUCGAUCGGCGAUGUCCUCGCAAGUGGCGCCGCGAGUGCGGCCCAGCGGCUCCCCGACCUCCAGCCGCCCUCAGCCCCUCCGAGCAACCGUCCCCUUCCAGCUGCGAGCGGCCGCCGGCAACAAUACCCCGGGCGGCGGCGGCGGCGGCCCAAGGCUGGCCCCCGGCUCCUCCUCCUCCUUGGUCCCGGCUCCGUCCGUCUCUCCGCCGGGAAGCCGCAGCGCUUUCCACAGCGUCACCACCUCCACCAGCACCGGCCCCGGGCCGGGCGAGCAAGAGGCGGCCUGGAGAGCGGCCCCGUCCGGGGAGAGGAAAGGCCAUCACUCCGCCUCCUGCUGCACAUCUCCCGUCAGUAAAGCAGUUGAGAAACCCAAGCCUCAUCAGACAAGAUCUUGCAUACGACGCACCUCCUCUCUUGACACCAUCAUUGGACCUUACUUGAUAGGACAGUGGCCGCGUGACACUGAUGUACACUCUAUAUCAUGGGAGAAUGAGAAAGCUACACAGACUCCUAGCACCUGGCAUGAGAUAGGCCUGAAGAGGAAAAACUCUCACAAACGUUCUGCAUCGUGGGGCAGUGCAGAUCAGCUGAAAGAGAUUGCAAAGCUCAGACAGCAACUCCAACGCACUAAACUAAGUAAGAAGCACAGCAAGGACAAAGAGCGUCAGUCACCUCUGCAUGGAGAUCAUGCUGCUAUGGGCAUGGUACAGCAGGGACCUUCCAAGUUUGUACCCAUUCUGCCAGCAAACCUCGCCAUCACAAAGUUAAUUCCACGACUGAGGAACAGCUUGGAGGCAAUAAAUCAGGAAAUUGAAGGAAUGUUUAUUAAAGAAUCUGGAGAUAAAGAAUUACUGAGGAUAAUGGAUGCACCCGAUGGACACAGGGCACCCUUCCCUUCCCAACGACACAGCAGCAGUUCUCAGAGUGAACCUUCACCUAUCCCUCUUGAACAGACAAGUGGCUAUAGUAGUCCCUCUCCAUAUCCGUCCCCAUCCCCUUCUCCUUCAUAUCCAAAUGGAAGCCAGGAAGAGGGGCCUUGUAUAAUAGAAGAUGUAUCGUUUUUUGUUCGGGACAAAGAUAGUGGCACAAGCUCCCCUCUCCUGAAGUAUGCUUCCUCUCCCAAACCAAACCACAGCUACAUGUUCAAGCGGGAGCCUCCAGAAGGCUGUGAACGGGUGACUGCAUUUGAAGAAACACCGGCUAUUUCCUUUGGGCAGGCUUUGUUGUAUUCGUGUCCAGAUAAAAACAAAGUUAAUUUCAACCCCACUGGCUCUGCCUUCUGCCCAGUCCACAUUCUUAAGCCUCUUUUACCAACUGUUGACUUAAUAUUAAGGCACUUGCCAACAUCUGCUUCAUCAACCUCUCCAAGCACAGGGGUAUCACCAAGCACUUUGACCUCUUGCCAGACUACAACUCAGGUCUCAUUCCAGCAACCAUCGGAGGAUUCAGGGACCACAGACUUUACGGAGCUUUCUAAGGAACAACCUCUACAGUUUGAUCCUUGGAAACUUGCUCAGGCUGAAGAAGGUGCCUUUUUCCAGAGCUCAUUAGUAAUUUAGACUGGCAAAUCUGCAAUAGGUAAAUAGCUGACUGCAACUUUACCCCCUAACAAGUUUAUGGUGUUAAAUGCUACCAGUAUUGGCUGUAUUAGCCGUAAUGUAUUUGUAUCUUGAAUGCAGAUUAACUGUUUUGUAUAUAGACAGACUGGUACUAAACCAACAAGUGAAGCAUCCAUCUUAAGGGGGAGAAAGGGCUGACUGUUAGGGUUGCCUAUAAAUAUUUAUGCUGAAGGCAAAUGGUUUAGCACCAAACUUCCAAACACCUUAAGUGAAUAGACAUUCUAGGCAUAUAUAUGCUAAAAUAAAGUUCAAAAAUGUCUGCUAGUUCUUCUUUUACCUUUUAAACAUAGCAGUACAUUUUAUUUCUUGGGUUGAGCCCAAAUGUUGCAAGUGCAACUUCAAUAAGCACAAGCUUACCUUAAGGAAAAUUGUAAAGACAUAGGACCAUUCUAAACGUUGGCCACUUUUUGCUGGGGUAUUUUUUCAGUCAGCUUUUAACCUCAUAGUACCUUGUGUGUGAGACUGCUACAGUAUUUAGAAAAUUUGUUUAUAUAUUAAUGCACAUUGGAAGCUUUUUCCUAAAAUAACUUUCUUGCUCUUUACUUUAUGAAAAGCAUUAGGUUUAGCAUUUUUAAGCAGUGUGCUACACUGUAAGGUGACAUGUGCAACUGCUGUUGAUUUAAAGGUUGUAGAAUAUUGAAUCUAAUUAGAAAUCCUGGGUUACUGAUUAGAAUUGGUACAAGUAUAGACCAUUGGGUGCUGCUGAACAAUUGAGCAGUGAAAUACUGGAAUUUAGCAAGUAUCCUGUAGCAGCAAGUAUAUUUCCUGCCAAUCUGACACUUGUAUAAGCUCAGCAAAGAAACUGAACUGUGAAUGGUGUUUGAUCUGCUUCAAAGCCUUAUUACUCAUAUCUUUUCAUGGGUAAAAGGUGUAUAAUGAUACAACUUAAGUCUAUUAAUGAAGAUGCCACAGGGGAAACUAAAUUCCUGUUUAUCCAAUAUUGAGCAAAAUUAUCACUGCUCAUUUCUCACUUUUUUAAUUGAGACUGGAUGGGAAUGAAUUGCCCUUGGAACAUUCUGAUAAUGCCACAAAGGAGCAGGAGGGUAUUUUAAAGUCAAAACUUCAUUUUAAAGAUCUAUCAGGUUAACAACUGAAAUAUUGGGAAUUGAUUAAAUUAAUUGGUUCAGGUUAAAUAAAACACUUGUGAAAGGUAACUGGGCUAAUUUAAAAUCAAGUUAUGGAGCCAAUCUGAAUACAUCUGAAUUGGUGUUGCGGUUAUACUGAUCUAACCUGUGCAAUUAACUGACACACGCUUCAGUUCCUUGACACAGCACUCAUGCUAUGGUGUAUAUUGCAUUCUGCUAUUGCAUAUUACACAACAGAAUACAUUUCCUGGCCAAAUGUUAUAUAUUCAAGUAUUUUGUAGAUUGAUUGCUGCAACCAACUUCAGUAACACAUUGUGAACUUUGUCUAGAUGUUGGGGAGGAGUUUUUAUGGACGCAUUUAAAACUAUUAGCCACUCAGAUUUAAGCCCGUCUGUUCUGACGUAUUCUGCACCUAAUUGCUAUUCUUGAGUUAAAUGAAGUAAAAUUUAAGAUUUUAAACAUUGAGCAGAAAAUUCCUUACUGAAAAUAAUUCUGAGCUAUCUAGCAUCAGUGAUUGAAAUGAAUGCUUAAUUCAACAGUAUAUUUGAUUUCACUACUCGGAAUAGUUUGGUUUGUUGUUUUGAAGAGGCAAAGAGGGAACAAGUGAAAAGCACAAGGUUUAUUUGCACCUGUUAUGUCUAACAACAAUCUGUUUGACUUUACUUUUCUCAUUGUCACUGUUUCACAUGCUUUUUCUACUGAAAUGUAUUUUUAAAUUUACUUAAUAUAAGUCUGGGCUUACAUAUACAGAAAUGUAUUUUUUUGUUUGGUAUUUAUUUAAACAAUUGAUGUACCCAUUUAAAGGGCUAGCUUCAUUUAAGGUCUAACUUGGGUAUUAAAAAAAGUAACUAUCUGAAACCUCUAGCUUAAAAGCAAAGUGUACAGAUAUAUAUGUAUUAAAGAAGAAAACUGCUUAGCUCCUCUGCAUUCCAGUUUGAUUUGCAGGUAUAUUCUGAUAUAGAGCCUGUCAAAGUAAAAGCACCAGCAUUUAGAUUUUUUAAUCUUAUUGUCUCACAUUGAAGAUUGUGUGGUAAAUUAUGGUUUCAGAAACAAAUUGAGUGCCCAAAAGAAUUGUGUCAUGGCGUGUUCUUUGCUCAUGCAUUUUGAGUUUCAGUGCAAUCUGUAAUUGUUUGUUUUCCAUCACCUAUGCAGUGAAACUGUAGACAGUAAGUGUCCUAACAUUGGUUUGUACGUCAUCAUUACCUUUGACACUGCUUUGAAAGAAGCUUGAUAUUAAAUUGAACAGUGCAGUGCAAUUAUCAAAUUGCACUUUGGAGGUUCAGUGAAACACCAUGCUAUUUGAAGUUGAUAUUUAUUCCUUGCCUACAUUUACUUUCUUCCCCCCCCUCCCCCCAAAGGUAUUGGUUAUAGGAUGCAUAUUUCUGAAAUAAAAUGGCUGUCAAUUCCCAAUAUUGGCACAGGCUACACUCGUUAAAAAUGUGUCAAGUGUAAUUGUGGCAGUUGUUUCCUCGAUUCUUUUACAAUGAACCAAAUGUCUGGAGUGCCAUUUUAGUUUUGCUUUCAGUUGAAACUUGACCUCCUUGUUUGGUUCUGGAGUUCAGUAUACUGUAGUCCAAAGUAAAAUAUUGUGCAACUCUCAAGAUAAGUUCUGUUUGCACUUGCUCAUGUCCCAUUUAAUUAUCGUUUCAAUAGUCUUCUGUACAUUGCAUUGUUGCAAGCAACAAAUCUAACAGGGAAAAAAAAAUGAAGGUUUAACAGAUUUAAAAUUUUAAUUUAAAUUGGUUGGUAGGUAGGAUUUACAUGUCUACUAGAGCUGUAGAAAAUAUCUUGAUUUUUGUAUUACCAUUGGAGGAGGUCACGUUCUGCCUAGCAACAACAAUCUCUACUAAUGCAUACUUAUUGUGAGGGCUCUAGCCCACACAACAUUAAAAACAUUAACUUGACUUUACAAGGUUCUGUAGUUCCAGAAGAAUUUUGUUUCACAUAUUUUGCACCAGUUGCAUGAAGUCAAAAGUAAUGUGACAAUAUCUCUAAAGCUGAUUUUACUUCCUCUUCACCAUUUGUGAAAUAAGUCAUAUUGCCAGCCUGACUCCCAUUUUAUAACCACCAAUGUUUUGUUUCUAUGUCUUAAAACCAUUUUUUACAGUGAUGCAAAUUUGUAGUAAAAUGAGACAUUGCAUCUGGACCAGUGAAGAUUUUGAGUUUAAAUUGCAAUGUUGUGGUAUCUACUGUUGGAGAAGCUACCAUGAUUUCGAGAAAUGCAUCUUUUGGGAGUAGUAAUAAACACUGUCCCAUUUAUGAAGUGAACUAGCACCUUCUGGUGGUAGAAGCUAAGUACUGUAACAGUAUUAAACAGUAUUCAACCUUUUGAAGUCUUGAAGAACAACUGCACCUAUGGUAGACAAGGUAGAACUAUUUUUUCUCCUGCUGCUUUAAUCUUUGAUUAAAUUUACUGUUGAAUUUUUGCAAUAGCCAUGUUUUAAAAUCUACAUCAAAUGUCACUCCUUUUUUCUUCCUGUGUUGCCUCCUUUUAAAACAAAAGAACCUCACAAUCACUUUUGGCAUAUACAAUUAUUGCUUAAAUUGUACUUUCCAUAAAGAAAUCAGAGUGGUUACUAGAACUUGAGAAUCAAGCAAAUAAAAAUUCAAAGCAAAAAAAAUCUGUAUGACCCUUGUAAAUAAAUUAACUUAAGUGGAACCAGCUAGCGUAGCUGAUCUUAUAAAGCAAAGGCAUUGUAGGCAUAGCAUUCCUCUGCCUUUAAAACACUCUACCAUGACACAUUUCCUUUUGUUAGUCACUGAAAUGUGUAUCCACAUUGAGAAACAAAAUUAACAUAUCUGAAGAAUUAUAACUAUUGCGUUUUCUAUUGUGUAUUUGUUGAUCAGAAUGAACUGUUAUGACAACUGCAGAUAAUACCACGUGAAUGUUAUGAGUAAAUUGCUGACCAAAUUGGUUAAUGUAACACCAGUUUUGUAUUUAAAGAUUUGAAUUGGCCUGGGAUUGUAUCUUUUUGUAGGAUUAUUUUGUCUUAUACACACUAUUUGGGGGUUUGGUUGACAUUGUACAUAUGUUUCAGAACAUUAAGCUUGGACAAAUGUAUUGACCACAUGAGCUGUGUUUAGCGUGUGGAUUUGUGUGUGUUUUUUUUAAAGAAGUAGGUUCAGUUUCAGAAAAUACAAAAAUAAAAGUGCCAAUUUCCAUUGCAAA